GUACCGCAGGUUCUGGUGAUCGAUGGCCGCGGGCAUCUCCUGGGCCGGCUGGCGGCCAUCGUGGCCAAGCAGGUGCUGCUGGGCCGGCGCGUGGUCGUGGUGCGCUGUGAGGGCAUCAACAUCUCCGGCAACUUCUACCGCAACAAACUGAAGUUCCUGGCCUUCCUGCGGAAGCGGAUGAACACCAAUCCCUCGCGGGGGCCCUACCACUUCCGUGCCCCCAGCCGCAUCUUCUGGCGGACGGUGAGAGGGAUGCUGCCCCACAAGACAAAGCGAGGCCAGGCGGCACUGGAGAGGCUGAAGGUGUUCGAUGGAAUCCCCCCGCCCUAUGACAAGCGGAAGCGCAUGGUGGUUCCAGCUGCUCUCAAGAUCAUCCGCCUGAAGCCCACCCGUAAGUUUGCUUUCCUGGGCCGGCUGGCACAUGAGGUGGGCUGGAAGUACCAGGCAGUGACGGCGGCGCUGGAAGAGAAAAGGAAAGAGAAGGCGAAGCUGCGCUACAACAAGAAAAAGAAGCUGAUG